AGAGCAUCAGCAUUUUCACCGUAAUGAUAUCUAACCUGAGUUAACUAACUGGAGGUUAGCAGCCCCCACCUCGAAUACCCGAUACUUAUCUCCAGCCCGUCAAGCACCAACCCGACUCAUGAAACCGCCACAAUGGACAUAGCUUACGACCAUAUCCAAGAGGAAAUCCUCACCACUCACGACGCCAAUAACCAGGAAAAUGAGUCUUCAAACCAGGAAGCUGUCUCGAGCAACGCUGACACAUCUGCUCAAUCGUCCCAACGUCCCAAUCUUGACCUAGGUGCCGAAUUCCAAGAGACAUUCCGUGCUUUUUCCUCAAACCCCUGGGGUGCCCGACUAGGAGGCCUCUGGGGUAAUGUUCGCAAACAGGGAGAAACCUAUUAUCAAGGGGCCCGUCAGGAGUACGAGGCCGUGAGCGAAGAGGCAAUCAAAGGGUUUACGGACUUGAGGGCUACUAUCGUUGGGCGGACGAGAGGACUGUCUCUAGGAGGAGCAUUGGGAGGUGGAGAUGGCAGUGAUGAGAUAGGAGGAAAAGAGAAAGAUAAGGAAAAUGAAAAUGAUAUGGAGGGCUCUACCGCUGCAUCUUCGUCAUCAAGUGCAAAAAAAAAUGAUGAUGAACCGGAUGGGGAGGGGAUAAUCUCUCGCUUCCGUAGCGAGGCUGCGAAGCGCUUGAAGGAUAUCGAGAAGGCGGAGGAUGCGGCAGAUGAAGCGCUACUUCGUUUCGGGACCAAUAUCCGUAAUUUCCUUCGAGAUGCUGUGAGCAUUGCACCCCCUGAAGAUACCAAAGAUAAUAAAACGGUUCUUUUCGAGAGUAAGGACGUUGAUGGGAAAAGAGUUAUCCAUACUACGCGAUUUGAGGCACAACUUCAUGCUAUCCAUUCGAACAUUGAUCGGUUAUCGCAGGAUCCUGUUAGCGACGAGUGGUCCUGCUGGAAGAGCGAGUUUAAGGUCGAUAGCAAGACUAGUGAGAUUGCCCACGAUCUAGAGGCAUAUCCCGAGCUGCGGAGGGCGAUGGAAAGCCUUGUUCCCGAGAAGGUUGAGUAUGCUGAUUUCUGGUGCCGGUAUUACUUCUUCCGUCUGGUUAUUGAAACGGAAGAACAAAGACGGAAGGAAAUGUUGAAAGGUGCAUCAACUGUCGAUGACGAGGAAGUGGCCUGGGACGAAGAUUCUGACUCUGAAUCCGACUCCCCAUCUACCCCCCAAGUUACCAUCGACCAAGCUGGUGGCACUAGUCCCCCGUCAGAGUCUCCGACUUCGAUGAACGCCCCCCGACCACCAUCCGGUAACGAGACGCUAAAGGCUACUGAGCACCGCAGUUCUAAUGACCAACAAUCACAGGCUGACAGUGACGCCAGCUACGACCUUGUCAGUGGCGCUACAAGUCGCGCUCCCAGCAGUCCCCGGCAGCGAGAGAAAUCAGCAUCCACUGCUUCGUCUGCUGCUAAGCCCGAUGAUGAUAGCGACGAGGAAGAUUGGGAGUGA